AUUUACAAGAUCGCGGAUACUCGGCAGAAGGUGGCAACAAUCCAAGCUUUUCGAAUCCCAAAAUAGAAUGGCUACAUUAGCUGCUGGCUGAGGUUUGCAGCAGUGCAGCAGACGUUUGUCGCGGCUUAGAAGCCCCGAAGAAGUUUUGUGAACCGAGAAGAGACCGGUCGAAAAAUAUUUUCUCCACCGGUUGCGGUCGGGAUAAAUUUCUCGAGUUUCACCGCCAUCCUGGACACUUUUCCUGGACCACAUGAGCAAGUCAGGAGCAGAAAAGUGGCGGCCAAUGGCCAUUUCUAAUCCAUCAACACGCUUAAGAAUGGCGCGUUCAAUGCCUCAUUGGGUUAUGGCACAAGAACAAUCAAAAUCAGCAGAAAAAUCACGACGACCGCCAACACCACCUAAAAUCCCGCCACCAUCUCUAACCGGGGACUGCGGCGAUCCCGACUACGAAGUAAUCGAGUUUACAGGAAACCCCCAGCAGAUUUCGAGGACUAAUAAUAACGGAAAAGCAUUAGAACUUACAAGAAUAACAUCAAGAAACAACAAUAAUAAUGUCAAUAAAUGUGCUCUGUGUGGCGCGCAUAAUUUGUUCGCAAGAUGUGACGCGUGCAAUGAAAAUUUUUGUGAGACUUGCGACGACAUGAAUCAUAAACAUCCCAAACGACGUAGUCAUGUACGCAGACGAAUUGUAACUGAUCAUAACCAGAUGAAUUUUCGUACUAGACCACCAUUACCACCCAAAGGCGAAACUCCACUGAAUCCUCCAGUACCACCGCCGAGAAGAAAUCGUAGAAAUACUCAGGCAAGGCCAUCGGUUAAUCAAGAUCCAGGAGGCAUCUCGUUUUCCGAUAAAGUUGGAAGUUUGAAAAGAAACAACGUCAAUGUCCAAGGAAGACCACUGCCGUCUGCGCCAGAAUCAUCGUUAAUUACAUCUAAGUCCGUCCAGUCGCUUAAUACUUCUAAUAAUGCUAAUGAUCCCAAUGGAGCUGGCAUGGAUAAAAUGUCAACACUUCAGGAGAGAUAUAGGAAGUAUCAAGAAGCUAUGAGAGCUCAGGAUGCAAAUAGAAGAAGAAUUCCCACACCAGAAUCUUCUAGAGAAGCUCCAAGUCCUAGACCGGUGAGUCUUGACAGUUCUAGAGGUAAUUUGAUGGUACCUCCGCCACCUCCAAGAACUGGAAUGAUGCAAUCGUCGAGUGUUUGUGACUUGUCAUCUCAGAACUUAUGGAACCCAGCAAUGCAACAGGCUCAGUCGAUGGCUCAUCUGACUCAGCGUAUGCCGAUGAUGUGGUACCCACCACCAGGAAGUCCAUGGGACAAUCCAAUCAGUGGUUCUACCAUGAGCUUGAAUCAUCCAGCAAUGUGGGGUUAUCCGAUGGGUUAUAAUCAAGCAAUGUUACCUCCUCAUUAUCCGUCAGCUAAUGUAUCCAGGUGUCCUAGUCCAGCGAGAAGCUACAAGUCUGGCAGACGCAGUAGAGCUGCUUCGCCGUCGUUCAGCCAAAAGUCGAGAAAAUCUGUAGUGUCGAGAGUAAGGCGGUCACCGAAUUCGACUGACGCGAGUUCUGAAGAAUCUGAUGACUCUGAUUUCGAUGAUCAGUUGUCUAGAAGCUCGAGAAAUCUUCGGAGGGGCAGUGUAUCCUCGAGGCGAAUCACAGGAUAUCAUGAUGUUGAUGACAAUAGGUCGACAAUGUCUCGAAGUCGUCGAGGAACUUGGAGAUCUGAGGACAGAAUUAACGGAAUCAAUUCUUCAUCAUCACGAAAUUUGGACUAUGAAGAUUUAGAGUUCCGUUCAGUGUCUUCUAGACAGCAGUCAGAGAAUGACGAUCUUCGCAGAAGAAGAAAUACAAUGGAUCAUUAUUUAUCUUCGCGACAAAAUUCCGAAACUGAUGAUAGCCGUGGCCGUAAACGUACUGAGCCUACAAAUGUUAAUCCAGACUCACGAUCGCGUUUAAUGUCUUCUCGACAUAACUCAGAGACUGAAGAUGAUCAUAGAUUGCGACGCAAAACAGAAUCUUUUAAUAAUGAUGAGAAACUAAUGAAAAAUAAUGGGACAUUACGAAGUCGUCGAAAGUCUAAUGCUGAAUACGAACGUGAAGUUUUAAACAAAAAAACGAAUUCAAAUACUACACGAAACAGACUUGCCAAUUCGUCUGAUAGUUCUGGCGAAUUAAUUACGACUAAUAAUAGUAAUAAUAAACGCGCUGAAUCAGUUGUUAGGGAAAUAAAAAAAUCUCCAUUGAGAGAAGUAAGAAAGUCAGUUGAAAGAGAAGUUAUCAGGGAACCAACUCCUAAAGAAUCAAUAAAAGAACCAACUCCAGAGAAAAAUUAUAAAGUACAGCCCGAUGAAAAUAUUAAACAAGAUAAAAUUAAUGAAGCAACAUCUUCGGUAUCUCAGAUUAAAGAAACUUCUCAACAACCAACAACAGAAGAAAAGACUGAAGAAGAUAAAGAAUGGGCAUGCGAACAUUGUACGUUCAUAAAUGAAGCUAAAGAGCGGGUUUGUAUUGUCUGCUGUAAAACAAAACGGAGUGCGCUUCCUCCCAGCCCGGAGAAUACUCCAGAAUCUUCAGAAAACGUUCAAGAAUCCACACCUGAGCCUUCAACAAAGGUUUCUAGCAUAAAAAUGUCCAAUGGCGAAGAAAGCGGGGACAGCGCUGCGACUACCCAAAGCAAAGAUGUAGAAAUAGUCAAAAAUGACCAAGAAUUAAAUUCAAACAUUAUUGAAGACAAUCAAACAAAUAAGUUAGAAUCGGUAUUAAAUUCAUCGGUUCGUGAGAACAUAAAAACUCAUGCUUCAAUAUCUACAUCAACUUCUCCUAUUAAGGAGUUGGAAGAAACUGCUUCUGAAGUAAUAAAAACUCAAGAUAAUGUCCCUCCACCAGUUCCUAUGUUGUCGCCAACUCCUAUUCGAGCUUCAGAAACUCCUGUUGGACCUUCACCCGUCCCUUCGGUUGCUUCAAUAGAAAGGGGGACAUCACCUCCACCUCAAAGUAUCGCUACUCAGACUUAUGAAGUACCUCCUAAAAAUAAUGGAGUUGGAAAAAAAUCUAAAGAAUAUCGCGAUCAAAAAGGAAUUUAUCAAGAUGAAAGUGAUGGCGAGGAAAUAAGAUACACAAAUAGUCCAGAUUUGUAUCCUCGAGUCCAUUAUCAGCAUAUUAAUCAACCAACUUCGUCUCAUGGAACAAGAAGAAAUUCUAUUGAUUCAACGCAUCUUUAUUUUCAUCCUAGGGACAUUAAUCAAUCGAGAUAUCAUCAAGACUCGCCAACAAUUGGACUGGUGUCUCCAAGUGUAUCGACUCUGACUCGUCAAGGCUUGGAGAUUGUUGAACUUUUACGAGAAGCUGAACGUCAAGGAUUUUCAGCUGAUGACAUUCAAGUGGCACUGGCACAAGGCGCUGUUAAUCCUAUUGAUUGGCUAAUAAAUCAGUGGCCACAUCUCAUUGAAACUGUUCAAAUUCUCGUUUCGACGAGGGGAAAAGAAAUGCCUGAUUGUAAAAAUGACAUUGGAUUUUUAUCGAUUGUUGAAGCGAAAGAAGUUUUGCGCGUCUGUAAAGGUGAUGUUUGGACGAGUGUCACUCGUGCUAUUCAACUCAGGCAACAAAAGGUCGCCGGAAUAAAAGCUAAAGGUAAUUUUUCAUUAGUUGAUGUUGUUCGAGCACUUGAUAAUAAUGCAGGCAAUGAAGAUCUAGCAUUAUUAGAAUUACAAAAAAAUCAAUUGAAACCAUUUCUAAUGCGUAUAUGGGGUCCGCCUGCUGGGGUGGAAAAUGAUGAAGCUGCUCCUCCUAAGGAUGCAGCGAAUGAAGCUGGUGUGGCGGGGUUGAGUGAACUCGUAGGAGGAGCGAUGGAUUUGGAUGCACUGAAGCAGGUAAUACCUUCACUUGAUAAUUUAGCAGAGUUGCAGGCUGGGUGUAAGCAGGAUUCGACAAGAACAAAACCAACUGAUCAGUUGUUGAAAAAUGUUCAGGAGGCGGAUGACAAAAAUAUUGGUAAUAAUUCUAAUGAUUUAUCCAACAGUUUUAAAGACAGCGACCAACCUUGCACUUCACCAAGCUCGAAGACUGAUCUGAACAAAUUAGAAUCUGGAAAAAUUUUACUUCAAGAAAAUGGAGAUAUUGGAAAUAAAAUCGAAUCUGCUGAGCAAAAAUCAGAUAAAAAAGAUAUAGGGCAGACUGAAGAAAUUAAAAAUCAAUCGGAUAGUUCUGCGCAAAAUUUAGCUGUUGAAAAUUUAUUAUUAGCAACCAAAUCACUGACUGAACAAGUUCCUGUUGAAGAAUUGUCGCCUAAAUUGGAACCAGAAGUUGUUUCUAAUGAUAAAAUUGAUGAAGUAUUAAAUGUACCAAUUGAAACUCCUCAAGUGUCUACACAAGAAGCCGAAAUUGUUGAUAAAGAAGUAGUAAAGGAAGAAAAUAAAUUGGAAGUAAAUUUGCCCGUUAAAAUUUCUUCUAAAGAGUUAGUUGAAAUAGAACAAGAAGUAAUUAAAGAAAAAUCUAGUAAAGAAAAUGUUAAGUUAUCUAUUGAUGCUUCUAGUGAUUCAAAAAAACUUUUAGAAACUGAAGAAACUGUUUUAGAAACUAAUAGUCCUGUAAAAGAAGAAAUAAUUGUAGGUAGUGUAAGUGAAGUUGAUAAAUCGGACAUUCUUAAUAUUACCAAAAAUAAAGACGAGGAAGUAUUUGAUAAAGCGGUACGUAUUUCUGAAUCAGAAAUAAAAUUUAAGAGCCAAGAAAAACUAAAUCAAGCAACGCCGACCGUGUUAUCUGCGCCUCCAUCACGCAUGACUGCCCUUAAAUCAUUGAAAAAUCGAUUGACGAGUAUGAUAUCUAAAUUUCCAUCAAUGAAACUCAGUUAUGAGAAACCAGAGUCAAUUGGAACCAAUCAAGUUAAUUACAAAGAAUCAAUGGAUUCAUCGCUUUAUUCUCAUCCUAAUUUAAUUAUUAACAAUAUUAACCAACACGCUUCUAAUGGAAUUAAUAAUCAUAAUAAUACUGAUAAAUUAAAUGACGACAUUAUUUCACUUGAUUGCGCUUCAACUCAAAAUCAUUUGAAAACAUUUACAUCAUCUGCUACCAUUACACCCACAAACAAAGAGGUUGUUCAAAAGAUUAAUGGUAUUAAUAAAUAUAAUGAAACUAUUAACUCAGCUUCUUCUUCUGACGAUCAAGCAGUUUUAAAAAAUGUUGCAACAGAGUACGAAUCGCCUGUAUUUUUUCAGAAUACUCUGAGUAAUGCAGAAUCUUGGGAUAUUAAACGUAGCACUAUUUAUAUUGAACCUUUGAUGGUUAGUAAAGAUAAAAAAAAUGAAGACUAUAUUAAAAAUAAUGUAGAAGUAGUAGCAAACGUAGACGUAGAAGUUAAUGGGGAAAAUCAUGAGCUAAAAGAUCAAAAUUUAAAAAUAAAAAUAACAGAAACUGAAAAUAAUUAUAAAAACUUACAAAUUAAUCAAAAAGUAGAUAAUGUGAUGGAGUGUAAUAAUUUUGAAAAAAUUUAUAGUAAUGAAAAUAAAAUGCAAGUAGAUAUUGUUAAUGAAUCUGGAGAUAAAGAUGACUUGUUUGUUGACGCCUCUAGUUCACCUGAAACGUUUGAGCUAAAAAUUACAGAGGCUCCUUUGUUGAUUGUCAAUGAUGCUGCGCCUGUAGAAAACCCUCCGGUGGUUCGAGGCUCGUUAACAAUUAAUUUAUCACGAUUUUCCGAUAUGAAGGAAUUUACGACCGAAAUGCUUCAGUUUGCUAGCCAAGAAAUAUUAGAAAAUGUAUCAACAGGACCUCUGUCUCCUUUAGAAGCUGAGCUCCCGGAAAUUUUCUCCGCAAGUUCGAAGAUAGAAACGUCAAUUGAAAUAAAUGAAUCUGCAGUUAAAACUGACAGCGUUCAGACUAAUUAUUUCAUUCCCAAGCCGAAAGCGAGGUCUAAAUCACCGGUGAAGAGAUCAUUUGUGUUGAGAAAGUUACCCGCUCGUAAGUGCUUUGUCGGAACAAAAAGAAAUUUUAAUUUUGGAGGAGUACCAAAAGACACUGCGUUGACCAGAGCUAAAGAAUGUGCUGAUAAAAUUGCAGCCAAGUCAUUGAUGUCUAGUCGAAGUGUGAAUCAAGUUAAGAAAGCUGAGGUUGUUGAUGUGAAUCGAAAGGGUGAGUGUGAUAAAAAACAAGAAUUAGUUUCUCAGACAGAAAAGGUUGAAAGAGAAAAACAAAUGAAUUUGUCUAGUCAAAAAAUAGAUAAAGACUUUAUUAAUAAACCUACUCCGAAAAGUAAAUUACCUUCGCGGAUCCCGAUUUUCCAGAAGAAACCGUGGGCUGCGGGGCAAACGAUAUCUGUAGCUAGUCAAAAAAUAAUAGAAGUUAAUGUUUUGAAGCCUACUAAUUCGAGUUUUAAUGUCCCACGACGAACUAUUCCUGUCUUGCAGCCGUUGGUUGGACCUCCAGCUGAUAAUGAAAAUAAGAAUGGUGGAAAUGAAAGUAAUGAAGUGAGCAAAAAUGUUAAUGGUAAAGUACAAAGUGAAAAAGAAAAUAAAAAUUGUAUUUCUAAAUUGAGAGAUGAUGGAAAAUUAUUGAAAAAUAAUGAGACUGCUCAGAGUAAAGAUAGUCCAAAAAAUCUAAUUCGAGGGUUGACUUUUAUUAAAGAUGAAAAAGAUACUUUAGGUACUGAUAAAUCCAAGAUUAAUGAAUCCGUUAAUCCUGAAAUUGAUUCUAGAGAUGAAUUUAAUAAAUAUUCUUCUGAAGCAAGUAUAGAUGUAAGUGAUGAAGAAGAAGUCUAUGAUGAUGAUGAUGAUGAUGAUGAUGAAGAAGAAGAAGAAGAGGAGAUUGAAGAAAUAGAAAUCGAAGAUGAAGAAAGUUCCGAAGAAAUUAGUGAUGAAGAAGAAAUAGAAGAAGAAGAAGAAGAAGAAGAAUUAAGUGACUCUGAAACAACUGACACGAAUACAAAAAGUUCAGUAAUUAUGCGUCGAAUAAAUUCAAUUGAAGAACUUACUAACGCAGAAUUAAUGUUGAAGAAAACGUUAGAUAAUAUUAAAGCAGAGAUAUCUGAUUCAGAAUGUGAAGAAGUUAGCUCUAACUCUCAAAAGUCUGAAAGGAGUGAUGAAGCUGAGUUCUCUGAAUCAAAUGACUUACCAGAAGAUCCUAUUGAACUAAGUACUACAAAAAAUGACGUCGAUGUAGAAUCUACGAUUGUGUUAACUCUGCCUAAAACAAAAUCUACUGAAAUAGAAGGCGAAGAGAAUGCAGUCACUCAAAGUACGUCUAAAACAAUAAGACUAAAAGACUCAAAAGUAUUAAAAGUACGCGUGACUGAACCUGAGGUAGUUGUAAAUAAAAAAAAAGAGUCACGUAAACGGUUUUCUAUAGUCGCCGAAUAUGUUCAGCAGUUUGAAGGUGAUUCUUUAAAGCAUGAGAGGAGGAAUUCGAAAACUAAACAACAGGAAAGUGUCAAGAUUACACGAGACCAAUCACCCGUUAACGAGAGGGAGAGAACAGCAAGGCGCUUACUAGCAGAAGGACGAGUGUCCAGCUACGAUGAAGCCGAGAUAGCAGCAAGUUUAAUUGGUCUCAAGUUCCAAGAUGAUGAGGCGAUUCAUGCUGCUAAAGAAUGCACAAGCGUUGAAUCUGCAAUAGCAUUUCUUCAGCAAGAAUGUGAACUCUGUACUGGUCGUUUUGCUGUCAGCCAGAUGAUCUCAAUGCUUAAGUGCAUUCAUCGAUGCUGUAAUGACUGCGCAAAAAAUUAUUUCACCAUUCAGAUAAGCGAUCGCAAUAUAAUGGACGCCGUGUGUCCAUUCUGCAAGGAGCCCGACUUGAAAGAUGCUACAGAAGAUGAAGUUCUUGAGUACUUUAGUAUUUUAGACAUUCAAUUAAAGUCACUAUUAGAUCCACCGAUCCACGAGCUAUUUCAAAGGAAGCUGAGAGAUAGAACUUUGAUGCAAGAUCCUAAUUUUAAGUGGUGUGCUCAGUGUUCUAGUGGAUUUUAUGCAAAUCCAAAUCAGAAACGAUUGAUAUGUCCAGAUUGUCGAUCUGUUACUUGUGCAUUUUGUCGAAAGCCGUGGGAAAAACAGCAUGAAGGUAUUACAUGCGAACAAUUCGAAGAAUGGAAAAAUGAAAAUGAUCCUGAUAAUCAAGCAAUAGGAUUAGCUAAACAUUUAGCAGAUAAUGGAAUUGAUUGUCCUAAAUGUAAAUUCCGUUAUUCCUUAUCACGCGGAGGUUGUAUGCAUUUUACGUGUAAUCAAUGUAAGUAUGAAUUUUGCUGUGGCUGUGGAAAAGCUUUUAUGAUGGGUGCCAAGUGUACAGUCAGUCCCUAUUGCGCAAAACUUGGUCUUCAUUCUCAUCACCCACGAAAUUGUCUUUUCUAUCUUCGUGAUAAAGAACCAGCUCAAUUACAAAGUCUUUUGAAAGGCCACGGCAUUGAAUUUAACACCGAAAAUUUAUCAGGAGAUCGCAAAUGCAAGGUUCAACUGCAAAAAGAAACACCGACUGGAGUUGUAGAUGCCGUUUGUAACUCAGACGUUGUGGAAAAUCACGCCGGACUAUGCAGGAUUCAUUAUAACGAGUAUCUAGUCAGAAAAAUUCGUUUGUCAAAAUUGGAACCACUAUCGUUAUUUAAUAUUGAUGAUCUAGAGACUUGCAUUAAACGUGCUGGGUUAAAUUUACCCGCAAAUUGGUAUCGACGUGAUCCUGAGGAUUAUCGUCGUGAUCUCGCGGAGGUAGUGCAAAAAGAAAUUCCACUGGAGUAAUCGUUAUUAUUUUUAAUAUCUAAAUUUUAUGUAUUUAUUGUUACUCUAUUAAUUAAUUACAUAUAGUAUUGUUUUAAAUAAUGUAAUAUUUAAAUAAAUUAUUCAAAAAUUA